GGCAUGAGGCUUGAUUCAGUACAUUUAUCCAUGCUGGUCAUCGGGGUCUCGUUCGCAUGCUACUCCCCGAGUUUGAAUUCCCUGCAGGACCAGGUCUCCAAAUCCGCCGUGGUGAUCGAGGGCAAGGUGCAGUCCACGCCGCCUGCGAACGCGAACGCGUCCGCGCAGCAGCGGUACCGCGUGCACGUCAGAGUGCUGGAUGUGUGGCCCCUGAGCAGCGGGGGUCUGGCGCGAGAACAGCUCGUCACCGUGGGGGAAUUCGGUGCCGAGGCUCCGUGCGCCAAAGUGAAGAAGAACCACAAGUACAUUUUUUUCAUGGACCCCACUGACGAGCCCUCCGUGUUCAGAGCGGCGUUUGCGCCUCGCGACGCGAGCGCGAAGAACCUCAAAAAGGACGUCGGGAAGAUCUUGUGCGAGGACUGCGCUUCGGCUCCAAAGUUAAAACCGAUGAAGAAUCCGAUAAUAGUGGAAGAGGGAAGCAAGCUCAUAGUGAAGUGUGAGGCCAAGGGGAAUCCGGCGAACCUCACCUACACGUGGUUCAAAGAUGGCAACGAGCUGAAGAAAAGCAGAAAAAUCAGAAUACGGAACAGCCUGAAAAACUCCAGAGUCCAGAUCAACGGAGCACAACUGGAGGAUUCUGGGAAUUAUACGUGUGUGGUGGAGAACCCGCUGGGAAAGGACAACUCCACCGGCACCGUGAACGUCCAAAGCUUAACCACGACGCCAUCUCCGGGCUCGGGCCACGCCACCAGAUGCAACGACACAGACAAGGCGUACUGUGUGAACGGCGGCGACUGUUACUUCAUACAUGGUAUAAAUCAGAUCUCCUGCAAAUGUCCGGACGGAUACUUCGGCCCGCGAUGCUUACAGACCGAGCCGCUGCGGUUGUACAUGCCCAAUCCUUUCAAAAAGGCGGAGGAACUCUACCAGAAAAGAGUCCUGACAAUCACGGGCAUUUGUGUGGCUCUGUUGGUGGUGGGCAUCGUGUGUGUGGUGGCCUACUGCAAAACCAAGAAACAAAGAAAGAAGAUGCACAAUCAUCUGCGACAGAACAUGUGUCCAGAACAUCCCAACCGUAACCUUGCUAACGGACCCAACCACCCAGGACCGGGCCCCGAGGAAAUCCCCAUGGUGGACUACAUAUCAAAGAACGUCCCCGCGACUGAACGAGUCAUACGGCAUGCGACGGAGGGCUCGUUCCCCGCCAGCCACGCCUCUUCCAGAUCUCACAACUCUUCCACACGAGCCCACUCAUCAACCCACAGACAAGAGGAGCGGACAUGGAGCCUGGAACAUUCUGACAGCAUCCUCUCCGACUCGCCGGGUCUGAUGUCAUCCUCCGUGGGGACCAGUAAAUGCAGCAGUCCAGCGUGCAUGGAGGCGAGGGCCCGGCGCGCGCACUGCGGCUACGCCGAGCCCCACCGGCCGGGCCUGCAGUACCGGGAGUCCUUCGACUCGCUGGGAGACUCUCCGCACAGCGACAGGUACGUGUCGGCCCUGACGACACCGGCCCGUCUCUCCCCGGUGGAUUUCCAUUACUCAUUGCCCUCGCAGGUGCCUACCUUCCAGAUCACAUCCCCUAUUGCCAGCCACGCCAUGUCCCUCCCUCCCGCCGUCCACAACCCUUACCCUCUCGAGGACGACCAGCCGCUGCUGCGCCGCUACCAGGUGCCGCUACACGACGCCCAGUGCCAGGAGCCGUACCGGCAGCAGCGCCGCACCUAUCUAAACGACAGCAGGGGCAGCCUGCCCUCCAGCCCCUACCGGCUGGCGAAAGAAGAAGACUAUGAGACCACCCAGGAGUACCUCUCCUCUCGGGAGCAACCAAAGAGAAGCGGGUCCGGCGGAACCGGUAGCCGGCGCUGGCGGAGGUCCCGGCUGAACGGCUACGUGGCCCCGCGUGGUUACGAGGCGUCCCGGGACUACGGGUCUCGGAGCUGCCUAACGGAUAGCGAGUCGGAGGAGGACGGUGAGAACACGCCCUUCCUCAGUAUGCAGAACAUGAACGCCGAGCCCUCCACCAUCUACAGGCCGGUGGACAGUCGGACUUCUCACUCGUCGGGGCGACCCAGUGCGCACGGAAACAUGCACACGAGACUUACGCACUCACGCUCCAAACCGGACGACGCACCCCACUAAAGAG